AGGAGGAAGAAGACGCCAUUAGGGGAACGGCGCCGCUGGCAGCGGGAGCGCCGAGUCUGUCCCUGCUCCUCCCGCCCCUCGCCCGCCGUCCCCUCCGUGGCGCCUUCCCCUUUCCUUCUCCCGAGCCGCCCUUCCGCUUCCCCGCGGGUCCCGGUCCCGGAGGGCGGCGGCGAGGGGCGCGGUGACGGCGGCGCCCCGCGGCCGCGGUGCCGGCCGUUGAUGUGAGGCGGCCCGGCCCGGCCCGGCGGAGGGACGCGGAUGGCGGCGGCGGGGGCCGGAGCGGCGGCCGGCGGCCGCAGCUUCUCCUUCAAGGUGGUGCUGCUCGGGGAGGGCUGCGUGGGGAAAACCUCUCUGGUCCUGCGCUACUGCGAGAACAAGUUCAACGACAAGCACAUCACCACCCUGCAGGCAUCUUUCCUUACAAAGAAGCUAAAUAUUGGUGGGAAAAGAGUAAACCUUGCAAUAUGGGAUACAGCUGGUCAAGAAAGAUUUCAUGCAUUGGGGCCGAUAUACUACAGGGAUUCUAAUGGCGCUAUUCUAGUAUAUGAUAUAACAGAUGAAGACUCUUUUCAAAAGGUAAAAAACUGGGUUAAGGAAUUAAGAAAAAUGUUGGGAAAUGAAAUCUGUUUAUGUAUAGUAGGUAACAAAAUAGACUUGGAAAAAGAAAGACAUGUUUCAAUGCAAGAAGCAGAAACGUAUGCUGAAUCCGUUGGAGCAAAACAUUAUCAUACUUCAGCUAAACAGAACAAAGGAAUCGAAGAACUGUUUCUUGACCUUUGUAAAAGAAUGAUAGAAACUGCCCAAGUGGAUGAAAGAGCAAGAGGCAAUGGUUCCAGUCAGUCAGGAACAGCAAGGCGAGGUGUACAGAUCAUUGAUGACGAGCCUCAAGUACAGAGCAGUGGAGGGUGCUGUUCUUCUGGAUAAUUAUAAAAACUGUGUAUCACUGCCCUCUCAAUAUGAAGACUGCCAUAUUCCAAGUCACACAUUCUUUACCAAUGGAGUAAUAGAAUUAACAGUAUUUAAAAAUAAUCACUUGUAACACUGCAGAGACCCUAAGUGCUAAACUAGUGGCAUCUGUGACCAGAGAGUUGGCGUUUUCUACAGUGGUUAACAAAGCAAUUACCAAUGGCCUUCUUACAUAUUUUUCUUUAAUGAGGAAUAAAAUGCAUGUAGAAAAGACCUACUUAAAGGCUUCAUUUAUAUUCUUUUAAAUCAGAUCAUUAUUUAAUAACUUAUAUACAUUGUUGUUGGAAUGGUAUAUGUUUUUGCAGCUCUUUGUAUUUUGUGGUAGAUUGAAUUGUAUCACUUCAAAAAUGCAAAUUGAUUUUUUUUUAAUUAGCAGAUAUCUGAAGUAAUAUUUUUGCAGGGCCUCCACAAGCCUAUAAUUGUCAACUACUUUGAUAUAUUCUGUUCAUCCUGUAUGCCAAGCUGGUAAAAUACAUUGUAAAUUAUGUAUUAAAUAUUUUAUCUGCUUUUACAGUUGCAGGUGCAGAAAUAUGUACAUCAGUCUUGUCAGUGAUUGUGAAGUGACUAAGUCAGUGAAAGAUGCAAGCUUUUCAUGUGUAUUGUUGAAUUACUCAUUCUAUUCCCCCUACCUGAAAACAGCUUUAAUUUGAUACAUUCAUAGCUACAGCAUUUUUUAAAGCCUUUUCUGGCAAGCAGCAGUAUUUAGAACACCCCGUUAGAAGGAAGCAAAUGCUUCCUUAGAGAGCUGUUUAGUGUUGAGGUGUUUGGCUCCCAGCAAAGCAGUUGGCACAUACAUUUGUUUUGCCUCUGCUGUUACUUUGGCCUCUCAGAAUAUCCCCAGAAAGUCAAAGCAACUUUAGCCCUUAUCUAUCUGGUAGCCAGUAAACCAGAUGCGUGGGAAACUCUUAAGCUGCAUUAAUACAUUUGUGUCCCAAGACAGCAUUAUGAACUAUUAAUGAGUGUAAUUUUUUCCCCUGUAUUGCCGGGCUUGAGUGAACAAAUGAAUUAACAUUAACUAGAACUGCUUUUGAUUUGGAGUGAUUAAGUGGAAGAUACAAAAUUUGCCAGAUGUAAUUGUAACUUUGGGGAUGCAGACAGAACUGAACUUACUCAUGACUUGCUCUUUCUCUUGUAAAGCGUUUUGAAGUCCAAGUUUUGGGAGGAGGGUUUUCAGAAACAAAGUGUAUAAACUGUUAUCACAAAGAAACACAAAUGGUGGUAGCUGAAACUUUAAAAUGUUUUGUGCUCUGACUUUUUUUUACUUAAGUUGUCAUGCUUGGAAAAACAGUAAAGGUGAUGUCUAUGACAAAAUAGAAUAUUCCUUGGCCUUCCUUUUUCUGAAGGGUAGAAUUAGUAUUGCAUAUGAAUGCAUUGAAUGGUGUGGGUAUGUUCUGAUGCACAAAAGGAACAGUAGUAGCUAAUCAGUCUGACAUGUAAGAUGUGUGUUUGUCUUCAAUCUGAUUUUUAUUUUCUCUGAAAUAAUAGAUGGCUUUGAUACAGA